AUGAAAGACCUCCUCGCGAACCCGCAUCUUAGCGACCAAACUCGGAAGCGCUUUAUGGCGCUGACCAACAUGGUCGUCUGCGUCGACCACGCUCUCUUCCCCCUAGACAGGACCGCGACCAUCGAGCUGGACGCCGUUGAGAUCAUGUACGUCAUGUUCCUGUACCUGGAGAGGAUGGCCGUCCGAGUUCAAGACCUGGUCGAAGUCACAGACCGGGUCGAUGCCAUUCUCACCACCAUUGUCGAGGUGGCGGAGAUGGAUCGUUUCCUCGCUUCCAUUGACCAAGAGGAGCCGUUCGACCUCAUGAAAUACCAGAUGAUGGCGCACAUUGUAGAGAUCAAAAUUGGCAAGCCGUGCCGCGUCGAACAAUACCUCAUGGCCGAGUUUACGGAAUUGUUCGACAUGUUCAUCUGGGAGCCGUUCUCUCGCGCCGACGAGCUCGCCAGACCCAUUAUGGCCAGGGAGGUUCAUGCACUUGUCUUCGACCACGUCGAUUCCACCCGGGAAACGCUGUCGGGCACCAACUUCACCUACGCCCUUUAUCACGAGGGGCUGGUGACUCUCAAGGAGAUGCACUUCCCCUCUAUUGAUAUGCCGACUGGCAUAGAACUCGAUGAUAUUGUUGUGGAGUUUACCCAUUUCGAUGACUGGCUCUGA